GAAGAAAAACAGAGAAACUCUCUGUUAAUUUCCCUCUUUUUUCUCCCUCCCCCUCUCUCUCCCUUCAAUGCGCUUCGCUUUGAUCCAUCUCUAAUCCUUUUUUUGACUCUCUCUGUCUCUCUCUCCUCCUCCUCUUUAUCUCUCAAAGUCUGAGCCUUCAAUUCCCUGAUCCAAUCGCCUGCUGUUCCUCCUCUAUAGCUGGUCUUCGUUUCGGCAUCGAGAGGAAAGCUAGCUCUCGCCUCGCUCUCGAUCCGAAUCGCAAAUAAUCGCAUUAUGUUCCUUCCUAAUUGAAUUCCGCAAGUUUUUGAUUUUUGAAUUUUGUUUUGCGGAGAAGUUCGAGUAUGGAGAGCAUAGCAGCGCAAUUGAAGCGGGGGAUAUCGCGGCAGUUCCCGAAGGGCUCAAUCCGGCGGACGCUGAGCCGGCAGUUCACGAGGCAGUUGUCGCUUGACCCGAGGAAGACCAACCUCAGAUUCAGCUUCGGCAGGCAAUCGUCGCUCGAUCCAAUACGCCGGAGUCCCAUCGACGAUGACCAGCUCACGGUGCCGGAUAACCUCGACUCCACGAUGCAACUUCUGUUCAUGGCGUGCCGAGGGGACACCAAAGGCCUCGACGAUUUGCUCGACGAGGGGAUCGACGUCAACAGCAUUGAUUUGGACGGCCGCACCGCCCUCCACAUCGCCGCCUGCGAAGGCCACGUCGAGGUUGCCAAGCUCUUGCUCAGCCGCCGUGCCAAUAUUGACGCUCGCGAUCGCUGGGGCAGUACGGCAGCUGCUGAUGCAAAGUAUUAUGGAAAUACAGAAGUUUACAAUAUUUUAAGGGCCCGUGGAGCCAAAGUUCCGAAAACCAGGAAGACACCAAUGGCUGUUGCAAAUCCUCGAGAAGUUCCGGAGUAUGAGCUUAAUCCACUAGAGCUCCAGGUCCGGAAGAGUGAUGGUAUCACAAAGGGAACAUAUCAAGUGGCCAAGUGGAAUGGUACAAAGGUUGCUGUAAAGAUCCUGGAUAAGGAUAGCUCUUCAGACCCUGAAAGCAUAAAUGCCUUCAAUCAUGAGCUUACGUUGUUAGAAAAGGCCCGACAUCCUAAUGUAGUUCAGUUUGUUGGAGCUGUGACCCAGAAUAUGCCCAUGAUGAUUGUUUUAGAGUAUCAGCCAAAAGGUGACUUGGGAAGCUAUAUUCAGAGGGAAGGACGGCUUUCUCCAUCUAAAGUCCUACGCUUUGCUCUUGACAUUGCCAGGGGCAUGAAUUAUCUUCAUGAAUGUAAACCAGAUCCCAUUAUUCACUGUGAUUUAAAGCCAAAAAACAUUUUGCUGGAUAGUGGAAGUCAGUUGAAGGUAGCUGGAUUUGGUUUGGUAAGAUUGUCAAAGAUUUCUCCUGAUAAAGCAAAACUGGAUCAGUCUGGGGGUGACAUCGAUCCGUUGAAUCUAUAUAUGGCACCUGAGGUCUACAGAGACGAGAUAUUUGACAGAAGUGUGGAUGCAUAUUCUUUCGGGCUCAUCUUAUUUGAGAUGAUCGAGGGCAUACAGCCAUUCCAUCCCAAGUCUUCAGGAGAGGCAUUGAAGAUGAUGUGCUUGGAAAGAAGUAGACCGCCUUUUAAAAGCAAAUUAAAAAGUUACCCCCCAGAUCUAAAAGAGUUGAUUGAGGAGUGUUGGGAUCCGGAGCCAGUCGUGAGGCCGACAUUUUCUGAAAUUAUAGUACGGUUGGACAAGAUAGUUUCAAAUUGCUCCAAGCAGGGAUGGUGGAAAGACACUUUUAAGCUUCCUUGGAAAUGAAAGGAGACACUCUUGAGUUAUGUCGGAGAAGAGAGAGAAAGAGAAAGAGAUGAUGAAGAUUGGGGGAAAGUGGAGUUGGGUUUUGUCACUGAAGGUUGUUACUUUCUGAACUUAACUGGCUUUGGGAGUGCAACUAAUCAAGUGGGUCUGAAACUCAGAAUCGUCAGACUUCAAAUAUAUGUCAUCCCUCAGUCUUUGUUAGGCAAAAGGAGCUGGAACAGUUCCUAAUCUUUUUCCUUUUUUCCCUUUUCUAAAAUGUAUAAUAAUUGUGUGGAACAGUUUUGUUUUUUGUUGUAUAAGCUCCAUUUGUUCACGUACGCAUCUAAUUAAAUAUUACUCAGCAUGCAAUUUAUUUUGGA